UAUGUGCUUGACGACUUUAACGUCAUCAAAAAGGUUGGCAAGGGCGGAUUUGCGACCGUGUACCUGGUGCGCUUGAAGAAAGCCACUGGAAAGUACUUUGCCCUCAAGGCCAUCAAAAAGGCCGAUUUGGUCAAACUGAAGCAGGAGAAGCAGAUUCUCAAUGAAAAAAACAUCCUCAAUGCCACCAAGCACGCCUUCAUCAUUGAGCUUUUCUCUACCUUCCAAGAUACCUAUCAUCUGUAUAUGAUUCUGGAAUACGUUGCCGGUGGAGACCUGUUCUCGUAUCUCCGACGAUCACAGCGCUUUCCAGAGAACGAUGCUCGGUUCUACACUUCCGAGGUUCUGGUAGCGCUCGAGUACCUGCACUCGCAAAACGUGAUAUACAGAGAUCUUAAACCCGAGAACAUCCUUUUGGACACGACCGGGCACAUCAAAGUGGCCGAUUUUGGCUUUGCCAAGGUCAUACGUGGAACAACCAACUCAUUUUGCGGAACACCCGACUACAUAGCCGUCGAACUCGUCAUCAACAGGCCAUACAACAAGAUGGUAGACUGGUGGUCGCUUGGCGUCCUUGUCUUUGAGCUCGUGUCUGGCAAGACUCCCUUUGGCGACGACACCUCCGAGAAGAUCUACGAAAACAUCCAGUCCGGCUCCAUCAAGUGGCACCCCUUGGUCAAGAAUGCUGCAAAGGAUCUUGUUCGCAGGUUACUGGACCCUGAUCCGGUGACCCGGCUCGGAGCUGGCAAGGAGGGCCCCACCGAGAUCAAGAACCAUCCUUGGUUCAAGGAGCUGAAUUGGAAAAAGGUCGAAAGCCGGACAGCCGUCCCGCCUUAUGUGCCU